AUGCAUGACAUCCCGUACACGCUCAGCGUGGGACCGGAGAUAACGGCGUCCAUGGCUGCUGUGUGCGCGGCGAUCCGCCGGACCUGCCCCGACCUUCCUCUAGGGGUCCAGAUUCUGGCCUGUGCCAACCAGCAAGCCCUGGCGGUGGCCCAUGCGGCAGGUUUGGACUUUAUCCGGGCGGAGGGUUUCAUAUUCUCGCAUGUCGCCGAUGAAGGGAUAGUGAACGCUUGCGCCGGCGACCUUCUCAGAUACCGCAGAGCCAUCGGAGCCGACCGCGUCCAGAUAUUCACCGACAUUAAGAAGAAACACAGCUCCCACGCGCUGACCGCGGACGUCUCAAUCUCGGAGACCGCCAGAGCCGCAGAAUUCUUCCUGUCCGAUGGACUGAUACUAACCGGAGUGGCCACAGGACAGGAAGCCGAUCCCAGAGAACUCCAAGAGGUCCAGCGUUCCGUUCGGAUUCCGGUUCUGAUUGGAUCCGGAGUGACGGCGGACAACGUGAAGAAUUACAUCGACGCCAGCGGCUUAAUCAUCGGAUCACACUUUAAAGAGGGCGGAGACUGGAGGAACGCGGUCCAUUACGAUAAAGUCAUGACGUUUAUGGACGCGGUUCAUAAGCUACGGGACUGA